CAUUUGUCGCAACCGUUAAGGGUAACUAGGCACUAAAAGUCAAGCAAUCGUGAUACAUACCCAUAUAAAAUCAACGUGUAGCAUGCACCCAAAAAUAUGAAAUCUGGAAAUUGUAAACUUACUAGGAAACUAAAUUACCGUGAAAUGUUAAAUCUAUAAUUUUCAGAUUUAUGAAAAUCUCUUUUCAACUUUGGCCAAACUGAUUCCAUACUUUUUGUACCUUUUGUCUCCCACUUGAUAACACAAUAUGGCAACGUCUCUGGAAAAAGUUAUCGAGCAGGGCAAAGCCAUGGAGGCGAACGAAGCUCGAAAGUCUGGAGAGCCAAGCGAGGCCAGGAAAUCUUUCGGUGCUGGUACUUCUGCCGAAGAGAAACAAAAAUUCGAAAAAGCAGAACUGAAAGCGGACAAACUACGCGUGAAACUCACCCCGAUUGAAGAAUAUGAAAAGAAACUUGUCUUCCACUUGUGCGUGAUAACUUGAUGACAGGAAAAUAAUGUCAAUAUGAAAUGAGUUAAUAAUGUUGACCCCCUAAUUAUGUCCAGAUCGGACGCACCAGGGCGUGUAGUUACUCGUUUGGAACGUCUCAUGGGCUCGGACAAGGUCAGUCUGUUGGAUCACGAGUGGAUGCGAGAGUUAGAGGAGCAAUUGGAAGGAGAGGACAAGAAGGAAUGGCUUCGAAGGAACAAGAAUCGAAUGAAAGUAGAGCACAUGCGAUUUCGAAAACUUGCCAUUGACGGAUUAAUGCCGAUUCCACCCACGAUGGAAAUGCAAGAUAUCUACAAUCACCCGAUAUACAGGGUCAACAAAAUCAUGAAACGGCUCAACAAGUUUGAUUAUAGUGCGAUGCUCAAUCCCAAAACGGUGAUGCCCCCACUCACCCUCAUCGAUCCAUUUAAAGAUGACGAAUCUGGCCAGAGUUUCAAAUCAUUUCCUGGUCAUAUAAACCUCGAAGAAACCGCAUCUCUCAUGUCAGUCGCCAGAUCAAAGUCAUUUGCUCGCAUAAAAAAACCUGCAAAACCUGUGUCGAAACUUACCACCACGCCUGUCGUGAGUACUCAGACGUCAGUAUUAUCGUUUGCUUCUACCGCCGGGGAGGAUGGUGAAACUGAUCAAGAUCUUGACCGUCCAUCGCAACAUUCAACUGUCCCAGAUAAAGCCUCAUCAACCCUGCUUGUUCAGAAUGAAGGGGACGAGGAGGAGGAGGAGGGGGAGGGAGACGAGGUAGAAAAAAUAAUGCGGGAGGUCAGCGCAGUAGAAACAGCGUACACAGAAUCGCUAUCCAACCUUCAGAAGAAAUAUUCAAUCGACGAAGGGUCCAAUCUUGCCAUUUGGCAACCCUUUCAAUCCCAGUUGUUGGAUGUUUUCGACACGAUGAAUAUCGACACGGAGAACGCUGUGGUCGAAUUGUACAAGAUGGCAGAAGAGGUUGUAGGUGUGUACAAUCGAGAAGUUGUACAAGCUGAGGAAACCAUCAUCACUUUGAACAAGGUCGUGAAUGCGGUCGUAAACAAUAUGGGGGUUCCGACCCCUAUCAAAUCAGCGUCUUCAGUCAGUUCAAUGCAUGACACGGUUCCACGUAAUUCCAGCCGUAUUUCUACGACCGGAAGUGUCUGAUGCAUAAAUAAACCAAUUCAACGAAAGAAAUAAUAAUUAGAGAAAGAAUAAAACAAAAUAUGAUCUGCAUUUCGACUAAAAUUUUGCCAAUUUGUAUUUCAUUUUUUUCUACAUCAUGCCAAUCAUUGCAAUUUAACAGAUUUGACAGAUUUGAGCAAGUUAUCAGGAUGUUCACUUUUUGAGGUAGGUAAGUCCUGGGUAGUAGGCUGUUGCUGGAUAAG